AUAUCAAUCCCAUAAUCCUUGCAAACGGUGUAUUCAUUUGAAUGGCUCUGAACGUGAAUUCAAUUUGAAAAGCUAGCCAGACAUUUGUUGCAGGUUUAUACUUUACAGGUAUCUCCUUACUACUUCCACGUGGACAUACAUUGCUGAGGAGAGUCCUGACAUUUCGCAAAAUGUGACGUGUCUCUUACUAUGGCCUCUGGAAGUCAUGAUAGGCAAAGCAGGGAAUUCCAACAGCUCAACCAGGACAAACCUCAUGAAUUUCUCCAUCACAUCAGCAACCACUCUGCAGCUGACAAGAAUAUGAAGGAGGUGUUUUUUUUAAAUAAGGAAGAAAUAGAUAAAGACCGAUUUCCCGUGAGUCGCGGUGCACACAUCUCCGGCAAAGCGAAACAAGUGUCUGUGUGCUACAAGAGGAAGUGUUCGUUGUCGCGUCACAGUGUAGUGGUGAGCUCCGGCGUGCGCCACAGAGCGCCCCCCGCAGGUCGGGCUGUCUGUGACAUGGCCAACAAGGAGAAUGAACUGACCUGCCCAGAGGAAGUGCAGGCAAUACAUUACAAUGACAACUGCGUUUUCCCCGUAAACUCUGUAGCAGAAGCAGGCUCCAAGAUGGCAGGGCCGGGAAACAAGUGCAGUGAUUACUUCACUGAGCUAUCGAAGGAUCAUGACGCAAUGACACACGUGCUUUUUGGGAGGAAGCUCCGAUUAAAUGUAGCUCUGACACUAUGGCGAAGAAACGCCAGCGAACUAGUGGCAUACUUGAUCAGAAUUGAAGACACAGGUGUGCUUCUUGACUGCCUGCCAGUUAUAACGAAAAACCUUCAAGAUGAAGUGCCGUGCAUAUCACUAGGCUGCUGUGUAGACCUCCUGCCACAAGUCAAAACCAUCCUCGCCAGUAAAUAUGAAGAACACUUGAUUGUGGGUUUACACUGGAUUCAGUCUGUCAUUAAGAAAUGGUGGCCAGAACUCUCUACAAACAGCAAUAGCCUGCAGGACAGCUGCUCAGAGGACAGGAACCUCCAAGUCAUGAAGCAGCAGCUGAAGGAAUUGUGGGAAGAAGGACCCCGGUUAAGUUUAGUCCCAGGAACUACAGGAGAGAUGGCAAAGGCCAUUGAGUCUUACUUAUUACAACUACACUGACCAAUCAGUCAAUGUAGCACUGAGGAAGUGACCACUACUGCCGGAUAGAGCUGUGUUUUUAAACGUUACCUGGAGCCAGUGACACUAAAGACAAGACAAUGCUCCACACACCCGACAGAAACCCUGUUCUAUUAUAUGGGGAUUGAUGGCCUGAGCAAUUCAGACAACUUCCGCACUCAAUCACAGCUGCAGAGACACUUACAGAAGGAGGGAGGAGAGACGCAAGGGAGGAAGGAGCCUUUUCUCUUUGCAAAACCAGGAAUGACUACUUCACAUUGAAGUGGAUCGACGUCUUGCUACGGGGCAAUUCUUCAGUCGACCUCCAUGAGACUUGGCAAGAAAGGCAACUUUAUUUACUACAUUACAUUACAUUUAAGUCAUUUAGCAGACGCUCUUAUCCAGAGCGACUUACAAAUUGGUGCAUUCACCUUAUGACAUCCACUAUGUAGCAACAGGUGGACUCCAAUCUGGACUCCAGUUUGACCUGAAUGGGGUGCCAUUUUGGACGCGCGCUGAGACUGGGUCUCGGCCGCUCCGUGACGUGCCACGUUCUCUCUCCACCACAGCCGCUCUUCCUCACCAUGGUGUGUAAACCUGCAAAGAUCAUGGAUGUAACAUAAUGCAUGCCCCUUCCUUGUUUUAAUACUUCUUGAUUCUUCCACUCAUGUCCUGAAUGAAGAACUUGUAACUGCUGUGGUCUUAAGUUAUGAGAGCUCUUCUUGUUUUGUGGUUUUUUCCUGUUCAUGAAUGAUGUUUGACUGUAAAAGUGUAAAUACAGUGAUUCUUUUAAUCAUCUUUAAAAUAAAUUUGCUAAAAUCUG